CAGUCGGCAGAGCCCACAGACUAGAAGAUGACUGUGCUCGUAGUGUUGCUGGCGCUGGUUGGGAUUGCACAGGGCCUCCCUCAGUGCAGAGAUGAGGAUAACAAUCCAGUCGACUGGUAUGUGCUUUAUAAACUGCCUCGCAACAAGGAAAGCAGUAGCACCCUGAUUCAAAAUGGAGUAGCCUAUGCAUAUAUCACAUCUGACAGUGUAUCCAGAGGAUGGAUCUUAUCAAAUUCCUCCAUUAAUGAUACUAAGUCAAUGCCUGGCAACACUCUCGAACUUCUGUACAACUCUUCAGAUGUUUUUAAAGCAAAUUCCCUGCUGUGGGCCUUGUACAAUGAUCAAGUUCCAGGUAAGACAUACAGCUCUGAUCAAGGCCACACUAAAGGUGUUGUUAUAUCUGAGACUGAUGGAGGCUUCUGGUUGGUGCACAGUGUUCCAUACUUCCCUCCUAUCCCAGGAAAUGUGACAACUUCUGGCACUGAUUCUGACAGUGGAGGUUACAGCUAUCCUUCUACAGGACUUCGUUAUGGACAAAGUUUCCUCUGCAUUAGCCUGAGUGCCAGUCAGUUGGAUCUUGUAGGUACUCAGCUAACAUACAAUCAACCAUGGAUAUAUAGUUAUAAUGUACCUGAAGAUCUGGAGAGGCAUCUUCCUCACCUUGCAGCAGCUGCUAGAAGCGUGCGAGUUCGUGUUGCCCCUUGGCACCAUCUGCAGGAGAUAACUUCACUAGCAGGACAAGCAUUUUACUCUUUUGCAAAAGCAGUAAAAUUUAACAAAGAACUGUAUUUUGACUGGGUAGCACCAGCAUUACAGACUGAUCUCCUAGUUGAGACUUGGCGCAAUGGCAAAGGCAAAUUGCCAUCCAGCUGCAAUAGUACUUUUACUGUUCAAGACAUUUCGUCAGUCACUGUAGAUGCUGCAAAUAUUCGCUUCAAAUCAACUGAAGAUCACUCUAAGUGGGCAGCAGCAUAUGAAGAUGAUAACACAGAAAAUGACUGGGUUUGUAUAGGUGACAUCAACAGAAUGGAAAGCCAAGAGAGAAGAGGUGGUGGUACUGUCUGCAUAAAUCAUCCAAAACUUUGGCAGAAAUACUGGAACAUUGUUAGUAGUAUUGAUCCUUGUCCAGCCAAUCAGUGACAAUAAAUAUGCAGUUCAGUUUUUCCUUACAUAUAUCAUGUGGGAUUUCAGAAUUUACAAAUAAUAAAUGAAGCUUCAAUGUCUAUUAUUCAUUCAUAUCAAAUGACUUCACUUUAACAAAAGACAUUCUCUGAUAUAUGGAUACAUUCUCAACAUUAUGGGUAAAUUUUCGUUGUUCACUGAGCUCAAUAUGUAUUACAUGCUACAAUUAAUAUAUUGCUGGACAUUA